AUGCACCAGACCCACAAUGCACCAGACCCACAAUGCACCAGACCCACAAUACCAGACCCACACAAUGCACCAGACCCACAAUGCACCAGACCCACAAUACCAGACCCACAAUGCACCAGACCACAAUGCACCAGGCCCCAAUACCAAACCCACAAUGCACCAGACACAAUACCAGACCACAAUGACACCAAGACCAUAAUGCACAGAGCCCUAAUGCACAGACCCACAAUACACACCAGACACAAUGCACCAGACCCACAAUACACCAGACACAAUGCACCAGACCCACAAUGCACAGACCACAAUACCAGACCCACAAUGCACCAGACCCACAAUGCACCAGACCCACAAUGCACCAGACCCACAAUGCACCAGACCCACAAUGCACCAGACCCACAAUGCACCAGACCCACAAUGCACCAGACCCACAAUACGAGACCCACAAUACCAGAACUAUACCAAUUUAAAUGA